CUACGUUUUGCAAUAAAGUUAUCAGUUACUAGUUGCACUCAGUGUAGUCACAUACCCUUAGGUUAUUUAUUUAUUUAAAACACAAAAAAAACGCUCAAAAUGUUCAGAAUCGUAGUUCUGUUAGCCGCUGUUGCCGUUUGCCAGGCCGCCUACUCCCUGAACCCAGCUGGACCAACAUACGCCGGUAUUCACACGCCAGCCAUCACCAGCCAGCAGUCCAACAUCCUGCGUACCUACGGAAAUCUCGGACAGAUUUCGACGCACUCCAAAACCAUCGACACCCCAUAUUCGUCGUCGAGCAAGUCCGAUGUACGUAUUAGCAACCCAGGAUUAGCCGUCGGACACGUUGCCGCUGCUUAUCCUGCCUACCAUGCACCAGCCUAUGCUGCCCCAGCAUAUGCUGCUCCGGCCUACGCUGCCCCAGCCUAUGCUCAUGGUGCAUAUGCCCACCCAGGUGUGUACGGUGCUCCAGCCGUUAAGGCUGUCUCCGCUGGACUCUUGGGAGUUGCGUACUCCGCUGCCCCAGCUGUCGCCAGUAUGACCUACAACAACGGACUCGGAAUCAGCUAUGCCUGGUAAAUUUCUGGAUCCUUCUAAUUUCCUCUUGAAAAAACUACCGAACGGCUUAUCAAAUGACAGCUGCCAACUAACUACUGGAACAAAAAUUGGGAACAACUCUAAGUCAACACAGUCAACGAUCAAGAAUGAGGGAGCAAACGCCCUACGAGAUCCGCUACGUUUGCUAAAAGAAGCACACACGCAAGAAGCACGCACACCAUCACCAUCCAACAAAUACUACCGUUACAUUGAUUACGCCAGCAACAUCCGGGUAAUAAAAUGAACAAUCAUUGAGCCAAAAAUUUAAA